AUGUCUUCAGAAUCAGGAGACUAUCACAUGGUUUGUCAGAGGGCACUGACUCUCAUCGUGGACCUGUGUCUCCACAACAGCUCCCUGCUCCAGUCUGACACCUGCCACGACUUCAUCUUCCUCCUGAGCGGGCACGGGCACGAGCAACGCCAAGCCGACUCCACAUUUGGCCUGCUGCUCGGCGUGUUCGUGCUCUGCGGUUUGGCUCUGGUGGCGCUCCUCUCCUUCGUCUCCUGGAGGUUCUGCUGGGUCCCGUGGAGAAACAAGCCCCUUCUCUCGUCGUCCACCUGCGGCCGGGCCCUGUCCCCCUGCGCCCCGGAGCCUAACCUCUCACCGUCCCCCCUGCCCCCGCCCCAGUCGCCCAUCACCAUGGCGACGGAGAAGGUGAAGGACCCUCUGGGCUCGGUGGGGUUCCUGGAGGCCGCCGUGAAGAUCAGCCACACGUCUCCGGACAUCCCCACCGACGUGCAGCUCUCCAUGAGGGAGCACUUCCUCCGGAGAACCCAGCGCAUGCAGAGGCAGACCACGGAGCCCGCUUCCUCCACCAGACACAACUCCUUCAAGAGACACCUGCCCCGACAGAUGCAGGUGGGCAGUCUGGACCUGGGCAAUGACUACGAAGUGAAAGACGACAAACCCACGGGACUCGGACGCAUCCAGCCCGAACUCUACCAGCAGAAGGCGCAAGAAUCCGAAGACUCCUCCAAGAACUCCAACAAAAACUGCGGCCGCAUCAACUUCUCCCUCAAGUACGACUACGAGAACGAGUCCUUGAUCGUCAACAUUCUGCGCGCCGUGGACCUCCCGGCUAAAGACCUGUGCGGCACCUCCGAUCCUUACGUCAAAGUCUACCUGCUCCCGGAUCGCAAGAAGUUCCAGACAAGAGUUCAUCGGAAAAUGCUGAAUCCGACGUUUAAUGAAAGCUUCCAGUUCCCCGUGCCUUACGACGAGCUGCCCACGAGGAAGCUGCACAUGAGCGUUUUUGAUUUCGAUCGGUUUUCCAGGCAUGACAUGAUCGGAGAGGUGGAGCUGGAAAACCUUUUCGAGAUGUCUGAUCUGUCCCGGGAGACGAAUAUAUGGAGGGACAUCCAAUACGCCACCAGUGAGAGCGUGGACCUGGGCGAGAUCAUGUUUUCUCUGUGCUACCUGCCCACCGCCGGGCGCCUCACUUUAACCGUCAUCAAGUGCAGAAACCUGAAGGCCAUGGACAUCACCGGAUACUCAGAUCCGUACGUGAAAGUGUCUCUCAUCUGUGACGGGCGGCGUUUGAAAAAGAAGAAGACGAGUAUUAAAAAGAACACACUGAACCCCACAUACAACGAAGCCAUCAUCUUUGACAUCCCUCCGGACAGUAUGGACCACGUGAGCCUGCACAUCUCUGUCAUGGACUACGACCUGGUAGGUCAUAACGAGAUCAUUGGCGUGAUGAGGGUCGGGGGUCACGCGGAGGGACUCGGGCGAGACCACUGGAACGAGAUGCUGGCUUACCCCCGCAAGCCCAUCGCUCACUGGCACCCCCUGCUGGAGUCCAAGAAGUCCGAGAAGGAGUGGAAGGCGCGCACGGCCAGCUUCGACAGCCAGGGAUCGUGCCCCUCGCCCCGCCCCCCCGCCAGCCCCUGA